AUGCUGGAGGGAGGCUGCACUGCGGGCAGGGUUUUCUGGGGCGAUUGGAGUGACCUGCCAAUGGCAAGAACCAAGGCAAAUGAAUUGAGGGUCAGUCAGCUUCCAGGGCAUUUUGUCUCUCGCAACGUCAAGCGGUUCCUCCGUCGCGUCAAUCGAAGCUCCGCAUUAUCCACACAAAACAAAAUCAUGUCAUACAACCAACAACAAUACGGCGGCAAUCCGUACGGCCAAGCUUCCUCGACCGAGGCUGGCUACGGCUACGGAAAUGGCGGAAAUGAACAUGAGAUGCAGCAGUAUGGCCGGCCGCAACAACAACAACAACAACAGUACGGCCAAGGUCAGAACGGCUAUGACUACAACCAACAACAACAACAACAACCUGCCGGGCCGCCCGUCAUGUCUCAGCAGGACUUCCUCGGCCAGGUGACGUUUACGCGGGGCGAGAUCAACAGGCUAACGUCGGACGUGCAAACGAUUGCGACUCUGCACUCGCGCGCGCUGCAGGGCGGUGAUGCGAGCGCGCAGCAGCAGCUGGAGCGACAGAUCGCCGAGACGUCGCGCCGCACCACGUCGAUCCGCACCACCAUCAAGCAGCUCAAGAAGGACGUCGAGUACACGCAGGACGGCAGCCGUUCCAUCAAGGAGAGGCAGUGGAACACGCUCAACGACACGUUCAAGCAGGAGCUGAGGAACUACAUCCAGGAGGAGCAGCGCUACAAGGAGGGGUACCGCGAGCAGAUUGCCAGGCAGUACAGAAUCGUCAACCCGGAUGCGUCGGAGGAGGAGGUCCGUCGGGCGGCUGAUCAGAACUGGGGCGAUGAGGGAGUCUUUCAGCAGGCUCUGAGGCAAAACAGGGCCGCCCAAGGCCAGGCCGUCCUCGGUGCUGUUCGUGCUCGGCACAAUGAGAUGCGUCAAAUUGAGGAUUCGAUCGUCGAACUGGCAAAGAUGUUUGAGGAUCUCGAUACCCUCGUCAUCCAGCAGGAGCCCAUCGUGCAGCGGGUCGAGCAGCAGGCUGAGGACACGACGCAGAACCUCAACCACGCCAACACGGAAGUCAAGAAGGCCGCCGACCAUGCCAAGAACCGUCGCAAGCUCAAGUGGUGGUGCCUGGGCAUCAGCAUCGUCAUCAUUAUCGCCAUUAUCGUUGCCAUAGUCGCCGCUGGCUUCACGAAUUGCUGGUGGCCGUCCCAGCUUCCGCAGUGUAAGGGUCGAAAUGGCAACACCAAUUAG